AGAAGUGUCCCAAUAUUCAGUGGAUCAGUACCCUUGCCAGUGCCCGAAUUCGUGUUCACGAUAUUCUGAUUCACGCCAUAGUGAGUUAGGGAGCUGAUUGAGACACAGGGAUAGUCUGCGGCGAAAGCUUGUGAAGCACUGAGCCGCGCGCGAGCGACUGCAGCAUCAGACAAAGCUGAUUAUAUCAAAGAUAUUGUCAAGAGCUAUUACUGCAUUCAUUUUCAGCCAGUAGGCAGCCUCUCCUAAACACACUACAUGAAACGUUAGAGAGGAUAGUUAAACAGAGAUAUGGAGAUCAAAUGACACUGUGGAAGAGGAGAGACCUAGUAUGUCAUCAGGAGAUUUUCUCCAGCAACCUGCAGUUCAACAUAACCACUUCUACGAAGCAGCACUAUCAGGCAUUGUGAAACUAGUAGAGGAAAAUAUAGAAGAAGGGAUAAAGGGAGGAACAGAUGAGAAAAUGGAUUGCAAAGACAAACAGAACAUCCCAUUGUUGCCGAACGCCAGCCACCCUGUAUCUAUGGUAACACAAAAUGUAGCUAAUCAAAGUCAAGUGUUUGAGAUUGAGCAUCCUGAAAUGAUAAUACAGGAUUAUAGGACUGAUUUGCCUUUAAAUGACACUAAUGUUGACCUAGACCCAGACCAUGACCCUGAUGGUAAUCUCCAAAAUGUUUGUAAAUUACCCUGCCCUCGCUGCGAGAGAUCCUUUACAAGUAGACAAGGCCUGGAACAACAUAUAAAAAGACAUGCUUUAGCAACAAGCCACACACAGCAGUUCAAAUGCAGUCGCUGCAGAAGGACCUUCAGUACACAAUUUAGUCGUCGGAGGCAUGAGAGAAGACAUGAAAACAGAAACAGAAAGCCAGAUAAUCGUCCAGGAACCACUUGCACUGCCAAUCAAAAUGAGCCUGGCACUGGAGAACCUCUGAAUGCUGUCAGCCUGUCUAAAGCAGACAAGGCCUCACAAAACCUGGAGCCAAUCAAGUACUUUAAUGCAGCUGAUGGUAAACAGAAAGAUUGCUCUGAUAGAAUCAGUGAUGCCAAAGCCUCACUCAUCUGCAAGUACUGCAAAAAAGCAUUCAGAACUCAUACCAGUCUAAGGAGACAUCAGCGCAGGAUCCAUGAUCGCCAACUUCUUCCUAGAGGAGUUUGUAAGAAGGCCACAGUCACACAAACAUCUGAAGGACAGCAGCUUGUUAAGACUGCACAGGACUUUCAGACUGCUAUCCCACAGUGUAUGGAGGACAUCGAUCAGGAAAGGGAGUACAUAGUUGACAUCUCCAGUAACAUUUCAGAGAACCUUAGCUUCUACAUAGAUGGGAAAAUUGUCUCAACAAGUGCUGUAAGCAACUGUGAGGUGAUUGAGAUGAACUCUGGGGGCUUUGCUAUGAUUGAGCUGAAUGGUGUUAUCAUCAGUCCAGCUCAAAUUACACAAGCUUUUAAAUUAAAAACCAAUACUUACAAUUUGCCCUCUGAUCUGCCUGGGCAAUCCUCCACCAGACGUAGGACUUCUACCCCACCUUUACUGCCACAAAUAAAAACACAAUUGGAAUCUGAAACCAUCUUAACCACCUCUUCAUCUUCCCUUUCCUCUUUUUCGCUGUCCCCUACAUCAGGAACUUCGCUGGUCACCGCUUAUCUGCCCCAGUCUAUUGAGACAGUUGCCUUUCACAGGGAAAAAAUGGUCUAUCUGUCUCCCAAACUCAAGCAGCUACUGCAGAACCAGGAUGGUAGUAAAUUAGCAUUUGCAUUGAUUGCUGAUGACCAGAAACUUGACUCUCCCUUGUCUCUGACCGUAUUACCUGCAACAACCCCAAGGCUUAAAAGAAGAACAACAUCUCCUCCCAGCUCUCCGCAACAAAGCCCCGAUCUGAGUGUUGAAACUGUGCAGGAUGAUGAUUCUGCAACAGCCAAGGUGUCAUAUUUGGAGAGCCACAGGACAUCUCCUGAGUUGAGAUUCUCAGGCAAUGAUGAAAUUGAACCUUUGAAUCCACCCUCCUCUGAUGCAGCUCUGAUGAGGCAACAGAUUUUGCCAUUAGACUGCUCUGUAGUAAGGACUGGUGGAAACUCCUGUAACCAACAGCCAUUAGACCUCUCCAACCCUGUGGGUAAACAAGGCAGCAGUGAAGCUUUAGCAGAGUCUGUUCUAGACUUAAGUAUAGGUGGAAAGAGCUUGGACUGUGACUCAGCAGGAGGUUACCUCACUCAGCCUGCUGUUAAGAAGAGUAAACCAAACUCCAGUGUGCUUCAGAAGGUUCUUAUGAAUGAGUAUGCUGGAGUAGAUAUUACCUCUGAUGAAGUUCCAGCAGCUGCAGGCAUCUUCAGUGCUCCUGACAUAACAAACCUUUCAGUUGUGGCACUGUCUGAUUCAGGCCCACAAAACCCUGAAAAGCUUUUGUUUGAGUUUUCUGUUCCUCCUGCCUCUAUUCAUCCAAUGACUCCUUUACUCGCUCCUGUCAAUAUCCAUCCUGCUGCCCCUAUCCCUCCAUCUCAAGGUUUACCUUCUUCAACUCAAUCUUUUGUGUCCUAUCUAUCCACUCCCACAGAGAAGCCCAGUCAAGAAAGUCAAACUCUCCAUUCUACUCUCCUGGUAUCAGACACUGUGCUAACCCCAAGCACUGUAGAAGACUGCAUUGAUAGUCAUGUACAUCCCUCACAGGGUGAUUUGAAGCUGACAGUCCCUGACUGGAUGACCUCUGCUACUGGAAGUAUGGCCCACACCCUUUUACCUGCAGCCCCUUCAUUGAGUUUACAAAGCCCUCAUUGGGUCGCAGAUCCCACUGUAUGUGAACUAGCCCAAGAAACAUUGGUUGUAGGCUCUGUAUUAUCAUCUGAUGCACAGAUGUUUUCUACCUCUCUGCCUGUUAACCAGUCAAACAUCACAUCCUUGACUUUUCUGCCAAACACAGUUGUUAUUGAAUACACAGUCACUGAAAAUAUUCUCCCAACUCUCCAACCUAAUUCUAUUCAGUGUCUCUCUGACAAAGCUUCUGUAGAUACAACAUUACAAAAACAAUAUCAUGUCCCAGCUCAACUGCAGCCUGUCAGCCCUGAGACCACCCUAAUGCCUGAAACCACACAGUCAUCAAAGUCGUCAGGCUCUACAGAUGAUACACAAACCCUCACUGCUUCCACCAAUGAUGUGAAAGCAGAGAGCAAUGAAGAGGGACAGGAUAAUUUGCUAUGCCCUGCCAGUGCUAAUGUCCAGAUCUCUGAUUACUCUAAACAUGACAACAAAGUUGAAGAUGAAUCAUCUUCCUUGCAUUCCUUUUGCAAGAACUUCAUGUGCAAUGUUUGUGACGAGCCCUUCCAAUCCAUGAAAAAUCUCAGUCAACAUGUAGGUGAACACUCCAAGGAGUGGCCCUAUAAAUGUGAAUUCUGUGUGCAGUUGUUUGAGAGUGACAUGGGUUUGCUGGAGCACCGUUCCAGUUAUCAUGGUAUUGGUAAAAUCUAUGUCUGCAAAACAUGUUCUAAAGAAUUUGCAUUCCUCUGCAACUUAGAACAGCAUCAGCGAGAUCUCCAUCCUGGUCAAGAGUGCUUUCACACAGAAGUGAUGCAUGGCAAAUUAAGACCUGAAAAUCAUAACAGUCCCAACAUUCUGAUUCAAAAUCUGAUCAAACCAGACCUUCCCAUCACAGAAAAUAAGCAAGAAUCUGACAACACAACCUCAAAAGUAGAGGAGGAUGACUUGGAAAACACUUCUGAAGAAUUGUAUACAAAAAUAAAAAUCAUGGCAUCUGAAGGGGUCAAACCAAAAGGCCCAUAUGUACGUCUAGGCAUUAACCAACAUUACCCAAGUUUUAAACCCCCUCCAUUCCCAUACCAUAAUCGGACGACAACUGGGACAACAGCAGCAUCAGCCACCAACUUUACCACCCACAAUAUCCCUCAAACCUUCAGUACAGCUAUUCGUUGCACCAAGUGCGGUAAGAGCUUUGACAACAUGCCUGAACUGCACAAGCACAUCCUAGCCUGUGCUAAUGCUAGUGACAAAAAGCGCUACACCCCUAAAAAGAACCCUAUACCACUUAAGCAGUUUGCAAAAGUGCAAAAUGGGGUGUUAUCGCCUGCAAGAAUUGUUAAUAGUAGGCAGAAUCUCUCUCAAAAGCCUGGACAUCUGAAAAAAUUAAACUUUCCUGAAUCACCAGUUAAGAUAAAAAUGAGUAUCAUGAAUAAGAAGAAAGACCUGGGGGUUUUUGCAUGUCCUCACUGUAGCAGGGAGUUCACAUACCAUGCCAGCUUAAAGAAGCAUGUAGCUUUUAGCUGCCCCAUGAGGCCUGCCAGUAGAAAAUCCAAGAACAGAAAAGUUGACAGCAUUUUAGCCCAGGAGAACAACGAGAGCAUUCGCAGACAAAUAACAAAUAUUAGUGCAAAAUCACAAGGCUCAAACCAUGGGCCAAAAACAAUAAAAAAGAGUCAGAUCAACAAGCCGAACACAGAUGCUGCCACUCAGGAUAUUAGGCUGAAAAGAUCUACCAUUCUGUCAACAUCUGUGGUUCAGUCUAGUAAAAAAGGCAAGCCUAUUUUAAAAGGCAGCUUUAUGUCACAGCUGCCCUCAAAGCAGAUAGUCUUCUCCUCUGUUGCUCAGGCUAACUCUCUGAGGUUGAGAGAAAGAGGAGGAGGGCCUAUUACUCGCAGUGUGCAGCAGGCCAGAACGACAACAACACCCCUUGAACAGUCAGACAGUCACAACAUAGUCAUGCGUCCUGUUAUUCUUCUAGUCAAGAAAUGAACAAAAAAUUAGAACUGAUGUCAACUAUCUGUUUUUUUAAAUGCCACCUUGGUGCAUUGUUUAUGUGUAAAUAUGAUUCAUACAUAGUCAAGUAACUGCAGAUAUUGGAUUACUGUGGCCAAAACACACUUGGUGGCAUGGUGGCUCAGUGGGUAGCAUGUUCUCCCUGUGUAUGCAUGGGUUUCCUCCGGGUGCUCCGGUUUUCCCACAGUCCAAAACAUUCAGGUUUAGUGAAUUGGAGACUCUAAAUUGUCUUUAGGUGUGAGUGAGAGUGUGAAUGUCUGUGUGUGUUAGCCCUCUGAUGGACUGGCCACUUGUCCAGGGUGUUUCCCUGCCUUCGGGCCAAUACAACUGGGAUAGGCACUACCUGCACUACCUGCGACCCUACAUAUAGGACAAGUGGCUAUAGAAGAUGGAUUUAUGGAAAAGUUUUGGGCACAGUACUGUUUAACUGAACUUUUGAAAUGCUGAAAAAAGAAUGCCCUUAAUUUUUCUGAUUAUUUAUUUAUUAUUUAUUUUUUUUUACUGCCAGCUCAAAUACAGCAGGCUAUUGCAAUUCAUUUCUAAGCAUUAUAAAAUACCAUUAUUAUUUGCAGAAUAAUAAAAUCAUCAAUGGACCAACUAGUCAUUUGUAAAUACUUUUGCUGUAUGGAACAUUUUAUUGUGCUGACACAGGGGGUGUUCCUGAAUAUCUAUCAUCCACAGAGUUCCUAUCCUGUUUUAACACACCUGGCUGUAGUUUUCAAAUAACAAAUUACAUUGAUAAACUGGUUUAGGUGUGUUUGAUUAGACGCUGAACUAAACCCUGCAGGAAGAUAUAGAUCUCUAGGAGCAUUACUGAGCAACCCAAAUGGAUUACAAAAAACACAAAAAAAUGUUCUGAAAUGUCAUGUUAAAUCAAAAAGUGUUAUUUUAAUUGCUGGUAGAGUUGGGGUCUCAUGCACUUUACGCUGUUGAUCAUAUCCAUUUAUGAGAAAUGCAUUGCUGUAAAAUGAAAACAUUACUGCUAAUUAUUUACUUGUGUGAUUAUUCAGUGUUUAAGUGAAGACCAAGAUAUGUCCUAUUCAGUGAGGUUCACUGGAGCACAUUUAUUAUUGUGAUGUAGCUGGAUUCCAUUUUGUAGAUUGUGUUAGUUUGUGUAUUAUUUGUUGUAUAUGUGCAGUUUGGACUCUUCAUGCAUGCCCAAGACUUAAUGGUUGAGAGGUAGUGUGAGUGUUAAUUUAUCGACUCAGCACUACAGCAGACAUGCAGCAGGAGAAGUAAGAGAGGGAUUAAAAUAUAUUAUAUAAUUGAAGUGGUAGAAGACAUUUAUAUUGUAGUCACAAAGAACAUUUCUGAAUAUACAGCAUGUUCAGAGUGUCCAAAGUUUCUCUCUAUGUCUCUCUUCCUUUUUCUUCCUAAAUGUAGAAAUAUUUGGUUCAUGUCCAAAUGAGUCAUUAUAUUAUUUCAUGGGACUGAUUUGUUUUCAAAACAAGUUAAUGGACAUGUUUAGUACUGGGAAGAUAUUUAUUUGUGAAAUGAAAAGACUGCAACCACUUGCAACCAGGUCUGGAAUUUUAAAUGUCAUAGUGCUUAAGAUGAUCGUUUGCACAAAUUUGUGUUCUGUUGAACUAUGCUGAUGGUGAACAUGGUAUCAGACUAAAGCCUUAAAGACGUGUAAUUAUGCAGAGAUGCUUUGUUUGGGACAAAUGUGAUUAUGGUUAUAUUUUAUUUUGUCACUACAAGACUUCAUAAUCAGGGUUUAGAACAGGUAAUACAUUGUAUUUUAAUGGUUAUUAAGGCUUUAGGAAUAAUAUAGACAAUGAAAUGUUUACAAUAUUAUUGAUUGUUAUGAUCUAAAAGAACAUGUAACCAAAGUCUAUCUGUCCUGUUUGAAAAACAAACAACAACAAAAAAAACAAUGAAACUGCCAAAUAUCAGAACUUGUAUGACUACACUAUGUAGUCAUUAAACAUCCCACUCAAAGAGCUUAUAUUUAAACACGAGUUCAACAUGCUGCUCUAACAGCUCCAUUGCAGUUCCAAUAGACCUUUAUAAAUGUGAUGUAAUACUUGUCACAUUCUUUAAACAGAUGAAGAAUUAAUCUUUAAAUGAUUGUAGGCCUACUCUUAAAUCUUUUUUCUUACAUUUGAAAUAAGCGAAACUGUAACAAUGUUCACAAUUAUUUAUUCAGAUACUUAUCUUCUGUCAAAGAGGUUGCUUUAGGGCAUUCAUAUUCUAGAGCUGCAAUCUUGGUUUACAGUUUUGAAAAAGCCUUAAAGGGGCUUCAGAAAGGCCUUCUUUAAUGUGAAAUAUGUAUGGCAAUGGUACAAUACUAAGAUGUUCAACGUCUCCAAGGUUAUAUUCCAUCAGUAUAAUUUGACUUUGCUCAUGAAUGACUGAAUAAAUUGCUAUGUUUUAAAGUUCACUGCAGCGUUUGCUGUUUUCUGCCUAAUUGCAUGAUGUUGCAUGAAGUACAAACGCAAGCCAAAACAGCUAAAAUACACACAUUUUAUCAUAAAUAUUUUAAAAAGAAAUUGUAUGAAAGUUAAAGAUCCAAAUUAGUUUUUAUUAUACCCAAAUAAUUAUGGAUUCCAAGAGUCAAGGAUGUCAGUGGCACUUCAGAUGCAUGAAGAGCACCACUCACAAGCCCACAAACUGAAAUUUACAAAAUGUGCAAACUUAAUACUAUGAACAUUUCACUCAUAAAGGGCCAGAUGUGGAGACAGGUGUCAUGCCAAAAUGUGAAAUGGAGGCAAGGGUGUAGACAUGGCUUGAACCAUGCAGAGCACCUUGACUUUUCCCAGUGAGCAGGUUGAAAUAUAGGGAAGCUAUCGAAACUUAAAUAUUUAAAGGAACAAUAAAUUCUGACAUUGCCAGGCCAUUUAGGGCAGCAUGAGGUGCUUCCCGGCACACAGCACUUAGAUGUACAUUCCACUUCUCAUUUGUAUAUUCAAAGAAGUUUUACAGGAUUACACCAGCUCAAUUCCACCCACCCCUCUCAGAAAAAUGUAGUCUCACUUUUUUCAAUCAGCUUCCAUGCUAUACUUCAUUACUUCUGGCCACCCCAUCCCACGUCUGCUUCUAUCUGCCUGCACAUGACCUCCUCACCAGCUAGAAGCCAAACAUGGUAGGGGAUGGAUGUUUUGUAAAGUCGCAAAACAAAAGCAAUCAAAUGCGCACCCAUACUUAAUUUAAUUAAAAUGUAAGUUUAAUUAUGAUGGAUUUGAAGGCAGGUGUCCAUGAGCACAGUGCAUUACAUUUCUUAUUGUUCAGUUUACUUAUGCUGCAUUUGUAUUGAAUUAAGCUACUUCAGACAUAUCAGGAUACAAUGAAAAUCUACAUAAAUGAAUCAGAUUACACAGUGGACAGUACUUUGUAACAGGCUGUAAGUCCCAAUCCAUGGUCAUAUUCAUUGCAAUAAUUUAAGAAUGUAUAAGAAAACAGAGAUGUGAGAGGACAAGGUUGGAGUAGAGGCUAUAAAAAUGUAUUUAAAUCUAAAUGAUAAUGACCCAUGGGCCAUGUUUAUUGUCUUUUUUUAAAAAGAGGACCAAGUAUUUAAAGGGAUAGUUCACUCAAAAAUGGGAAAGUCACAUGUGGUGCCUGUUUAGUUUCACUUUCACAACUGAAAGAUUGAUUUUGAGUAGGCUAACAAAUGACUUAAAUGUUGUUGUUUCUCACAGACACCUAUCAUAUCACUUCAGAAGAUAUGGAUUUAACAAUUAGUGUAGUCUAGGGCAUACGCUGUAUGCCCACCUAUCUUAGGAUUUUGCAUAUACCCACCUGAAAUAUGUGAUGAUACGUAUGGCCACCGGUACAAUGAGGCUUUUCACCUAGAACAUUUUCAAUCUAAUAAUGCGAUGCCGCAACACCGUUGAGCAAAUGUUGUUGUAUUUUUAAUAAGUGUACAAAGGUUCUCUCUAAAUGCGCACGGAGCUGUGGGAAGCGGGAACACAACUGAUGGCACAGACAAGACAGACAGUCUGACUAAGCUGAUCCAACAAUCAGAAUGUUCAUUUCAGACGCGAAUGGAUGUUUGCUAACCAAUCAUAUUUUACUUUUCAGUAAGGGGCGGGACAUUUCCAGCCUCUAAUGCUGAUGCACAAGCAUCCCUGGA